AAAAAUGUUCACUUCACAGCAUUUGACAUGUCCGGGCAUGAUCGGUACCGAUCACUGUGGGAACAUUAUUACAAAGAUUGUCAAGGAAUAAUUUUUAUUAUUGACAGCAGCGAUAAACUACGAUUGGUUGUCGUCAAAGAAGAACUAGAUAUGUUACUUCAGCAUCCAGAUAUUGUUGGACGCAAAAUUCCGAUCUUAUUUUUGGCAAAUAAAAUGGAUUUACCGGAUUCAAUAACGGCUGUCAAGCUUGUUGCAGCUCUAGGACUCGACAGAAUCUACAAUAAGCCUUGGCACAUACGAGCUACGAAUGCCGUUACUGGAGACGGAUUACAGGCGGCUAUUGAAUGGCUCACCGAUCAAAUUCGUGAUAUUUAUAUCAAUAAUAAAAGAUAA